GUCAAAGUCAGGCUAAGAGCUAUGUGAUAUGAAAGUGAAAAUAGGAAAAUAAAUAUGGAUGAUAAAAAUACAAUUUCUCAGGAUCAGAAAGAUUAUGAAGAUUUAAUGCAAAAACAAAAAAAAGAAAGAGAAGAGUAUAUUGAGAAACUUAGGAAAUGGCUAGAUGAAGCAAGAGUAUGGCAUUACAAUGUAUGUGCAGGAUUUUCCUACAAUCUUAGCAAUGGUAGAGAAAAUUCUUUUCAACAGUUUGUAAAUCCUUUUGGUAAUCUUCAACCUCAGAAUCAGACAAAUGUUUUAAGGCAAAGAGUUGGUUUUAUACCAAAUGGGAAUUACCAACAACCAUUGUUUCAAGCAGCUCAACAACCUGCACAAAAUAAUCAAACCCCACCUGUCUAUGAAUUCAUUAUACCACCCCUUUGGAAGAGAGCAGCAGCAGAGUUGAUGGAUUUCCUGCUUCUUUUGUUACUGAAAGUAGCACUGACAUUCCUCCUAUUGGAAAGUUUUGACAUUAUUGACACUGGCUAUUAUGGUCUUGAAUUGUUCCACAAAAAUUUGGAAAAUUCGGAUGGUACCGUACCAAUGGCAUUAGAACUGCUUACAUUGGAACUUCUGCAUCGUUUAAUAGUAUGUGUAUACGAGGCUUAUUUUAUGCAGGGAAAAUAUCUGGCAACUCCAGGAAAACGCUAUAUGGGACUUAUGGUGAUAUCAGUGCAAACUAUAACACCAGUACCAAACAGACCAACCGAAACAGUAACAGUAGCAAGAGCAGCGCCCUUAAGCUGGCAAAAGUCUCUAACACGAUCGACUCUAAAAAACUUACUUGUAGGUCUUUUCUUGCCAAUAUGCAUAUUCUACAUUUUCCCACAAAACCGAACCUGCUACGAUAUGAUGUCAAAGAGCCUUGUUGUGGAGUACCAUGCGGAUUUUAUAAGUUAUCAUUCCAAUCUAUAAAUGUUAUUAUAAAUAUUUCGGCCAAAUUAUAUAUGUGAUAUUGUUA